GGUCGUCCAAAAUUAUUACCCGUGGACAUCCAUGACAAUGACAAUGGGACUUGCAUACAUUGGGUUACUGCACAAUGUUUAUCGAUAACAGAAGACCAGACCAAUUCCAAGCUCAAGCUCAAGCUUUUCACAUUCAAACUUGUCAAUACUGGAGAUCCGGUACGUGAAGCUCUCAUUAGCUUGAGCGAUCUACUGAUAUCGCGCGAUUGACUCACAUUUCAUAUGAUGCGACGACAGCAACAAAGUAUGUAUAUGUAUUCUAGAACAACUACUUUGGCAAUGUCUAUUUUUACUUGAAAGAAAUAGUCACCUCUACCACCUAGCUUACAUUGUCACAAAGUCUUUUUGGAAACGCCCUUUUGAACCAAUCGCUGCAUUCUCCAUCCUCAUCAUGAUUGAGCUUGGCUUAAAUCGCAUCAGCCGUCUUUUGAGGCAUACUCCUCAACCUUGGAAAGCCAUUCAUGUUGCAGGUACCAACGGAAAAGGCUCAAUAUGUGCCUACUUGUCUGCCAUGCUGCAUGCCAGUGGUGUGCGUUGUGGCAGAUUUACAUCACCUCAUUUAAUUGAUAGGUGGGAUUGCAUUACUAUCGAUGAACAGCCAGUUCGAGAAUCGAUCUUCCGCGAAGCUGAAGCUCUAGUGGUAAAGAGAAACCAAGCAGAGAAUCUCCAAGCAUCCGAAUUCGAAUUACUCACGGCCACGGCAUUCGAAGUAUUUUAUAAAGAGAAAGUAGAGAUGGGAGUAAUCGAAGUUGGUCUGGGAGGACGAUUAGAUGCAACAAAUACUAUGGAAAAUAAAGCGGUCACAAUAAUCUCCAAGAUUGGUCUAGACCAUCAAUCAUUCUUAGGAAAUACAAUUGAAGAAAUAGCUCGAGAAAAAGCCGGAAUUAUGAGACCUGGUGUUCCAUGUGUUUUGGAUAGGAGCAAUAUAUCUUCGGUGCGGGAUGUCGUCUCAAAUUAUGCCAAAGAAAUUGGAACAGACGUGGUUAUUAGUUCUACUGAAUCGGCAUUUUUGGACGAGAUCAAAGGACAAGAUCUCGAACCACAUCAAUUGGAAAAUCUAGCUUGCGCAUACACAGCAUUUCAUUUAGCAUAUACUAAAUUGGAAUCUCCUCUACAUCGACUACUACCGGCCAUACAAAAUAUACAUUGGCCCGGUAGGCUGCAAACUACUGAUGUUAGAGCUGUGACAGGUCGAAAAGAACCCAUACUACUCGAUGGCGCGCACAAUGUUCAAUCCGCAGAAGUUCUUGGCUCAUAUGUCAAUGGAAAGCUUCGAGUAAAAUCAAACAAAGUGACCUGGGUAUUGGCUGCAUCCCAAGGGAAAGAGCUCGAUGGAAUUAUGAAAGAGAUUUUAAGAGAAGGGGACUGUGUAGCAGCAGUCCAGUUCGGACCAGUAGAUGGAAUGCCAUGGGUUCAAGCUAUGGAUACAGAAGAUAUACUACAUGCAGCUUCUACAGCUGGUGUUUCUCCCACUUGCCUGCAUGAUUCAGCAGCGGAUAUUUCUGGAGCACUAAGGUGGGCAGCCACUGUUGCCCAAGGUGGUCCUAUCGUUGUGGCAGGUAGUCUUUAUUUAGUUUCAGAUGUACUACGACUGCUAAGGGAUGCCGAAAUGGUAAAAAGUUCAUUGCUAGAUUAGACCAACUAAGCUUUCAAUAUGAAUGAUUCA